GUGGUUAUCACUUCGACACUAACGGGUUUAACGACCUCAUCUAUUUAAGUUCCAUAACGUAACUCUUGAGGACCUGAUUGAUUGAUAUUGGUAUGCAUAAAUAUUAAAGCUGAGAAAAUAACUCGCGUUUAAAAAUUCACUCACAUAUAUCCAAAAUAUUCCCCAACGACUUCCUCAAUCCACGUGUGGACAUACACUUAUCCGGUCAAAAUUCAUCAAUUUCAAAUUAUACCCACUAUGCCUAACUCAGAAACCUGGUUAGAAGAAUUCUAUGCCGCUGGUGAUGCUCUCGAUGCAAAAUCCUGGAUCCCUCAAUACUGGGCAGAAGAUGCCGAACUGCAAUUCGCCGGGGUCCCCGUUGCCAAAGGACACGCUGAAAUCGAGGCAUUCUUUUCAGCGCGAUUCGAUGAGUUGAAAAGCAUGAAACAUACUAUCACAAAUGUAGACGUCUUGCCGGAUAAGAUCUACCAUUCUGCGACUGUCUCGUACGUGGUCAAGAACGACCCUGAAGACCGGCUGAUACAGGUGCGGGCAUUGACGGUUUUUGGGAAGACUCCCGGUGAAAAUAAAAUCAGAUAUAGUCACUCGUACAUGGACCCAACACCGCUGAUUGAGUGGAAAAAGGCGGUUGAUGAGCAGAGCAGGCAAUAAUGUGUGUUUCAGUGAUGGUGUAUAGAUAACCUUGAAGGGGGGCCCAAGGGACAUAUUCGAUUUCACAAAUAUCGACUACAUGUAUGUAUCAGGACAUCAGAUAACUAUAAAACUGCAAAUUUCCUCCUCCUCUUACGUCGCUUGAUAAAUUUAACUACUACACUACACAAGCACUGUUGCCACCCGUCACCGUGAUAUCACCAG